GGUGGUUCAGUCGACUUCCGGCCACGGAAGGGAAAAGAUCUGUGCAGAGGAAGCAUGGCCUUCCAGCAUCCACCUUGGGAGUUCUACUUGCCUCUGUCCCCCGCCGACCUGCUUCGGAGCCCGGCGCCCUCGCAGUACACGGUCCAGGAGGUGCAGCCCGUCCAACAGCUCCCAGGGCGCCUGGCAGCAUUUCGGACAGUGUUCCGCACAGAAGGAGCUCUUGCUAUCCUGCAGCAUUUUGAUACCUUAUACAGCAUUUUACACUAUUUCAGAACAGUGGAUUCUACUGUUAAAGAAGAUGCUCUAGAACUGAUAAUGAAGGCUGUGGCCAGCCAUUCAAGUGACUUGACAUCCAUCUUGAGCAGUAAUAAUCUAGCAUGCUCACUUCGUGCUCUUCACCUUAAUGUUCUCAAGAUGAACUGUUAUAUACUAGUCCGACUAGUAGAGGCGUUUGAAAUGGAGUCUGGGAAGAGCAAUCUGGUGGGACUGGAUACCAAGAGAAAGAGCAAGAAAAGCCAGUCUAAAGGCUUUAUGUGGGAAGAGGAAAGGCUGCCCGUCUUACAGCUCCUCACACAGUUACUUCAGCUGGACCUCCAUCAGUUGUGGAGUGGCUUAAUAGUGGAAGAAGAGUUUGUUAGUUUAGUCACAGGCUGUUGUUACCGCAUGCUGGAAAAUCCUAGCAUUGGCCAUCAAAGGCAUCAACCAACACGAGAGGCGACCAUCCACUUACUAGGAGUUGCUUUACGACAAUAUGACCAUAUGCUCAGUGCCACCCUGAAGGUUGUGCAAAUGCUUCAGCACUUUGAACAUGUGGCUCCAGUCUUUGUGGAGGCUGUGGGUGUUUGGAUCAAGGAGUAUGGCAUGAAGAGCAUCGUGGGCGAGUUAUUGAGGGAGAUUGGACAGAAGUGCCCUCAGGAGCUGGCCCGAGACGCUUCAGGGAUGAAGGGCUAUGCCACCUUUCUUUCUGAAUUAGCGGAACAAACACCAUCCAUUGUGUUGGCCAACAUGAGUGUUUUGCUGCAUCAUCUGGAUGGAGAGAGCUACGGAAUGCGGAAUGCCAUUUUGACUGCUAUGGCAGAGAUAUUGCUGCAGGUCCUGAAUGGAGAGCAGCUGGAAGAAGCUGCAAGAAGUACAAGGAAUCACUUUCUGGACACCCUACAGGCACAUAUGUGUGAUGUCAAUGGAUUUGUUCGCAGUCGUGUGCUGCAGCUCUUUACACGUAUUGUGCAACAAAAAGCUCUGCCUUUGACUCGAUUCCAAGCGGUAGUGUGCCUGGCUGUGGGUCGACUACAGGACAAAUCUGUAACUGUGGUUAAAAAUGCUAUUCAGCUGCUGACUACCUUUCUUUCCAACAACCCUUUCUCUUGUAAGUUAAGCUGUGCAGAAUUAACUGAACUACUUGAAAAGGAGAGGCAGAAACUUCAAGAAAUGAAGACAUGCCGAACCGUACCCGCAGUGGUGAUCUCUCCAGAGGAAGAAUGGGCAGCGAUGCAACCAGAACUCCAGUCUACUCUGAACUAUUGUCUUAGCUCACAGCUACAGGAAGAUACAACACAAGAGUUCAGUCAAGAGGACCCAGCACAACUAUCCACCAGUAUUGUCCAGCUGUUGAGAAAAUCCAGAUACAAAGAUGCCAUCCGUCUGACACAAGAAGGUAUGCGCCAGUUCCAAGGGGUGGAACCCUUCAUCUCAACAGCAGAGAGUGAUAAUGAAAAUGUUAUCCAGAGCCUGUUGAGAACAUUUUACCUAGGUUCGCAUGUUGAAGAUACUGUCCAAGAAUCCACAGAUGCUUCACAUUCUGCUGGGAGUCAAGUGGAAGUGCAGGAUGAAAAGGAGCUACCAGAAGAUUUAGUAAAGCAGGAGAAGCUUGUACAGUACUUACAGAAUGCCUAUAACUUUUCCACAAAAAUUACAGAAGCCUUGAGCAUGAUCUCCAAAUUGAUGUAUGAAAGUUCAGUCUCUGUGGUACAAGAAGCCAUUGAAUUCUUUGUGAUAGUCUCUCAGUUUGGUGUCCCUCAAGCUGUUCUAGGAGUCCGUCAGAUGCUUCCACUUAUAUGGUCCAAGGAUCCAAAAAUCAGAGAGGCUGUGUUGGAUGCUUACAGGCGGCUCUACCUCAAUCCUAGUGGAGACACUGAAAGGAUUAGAGCUCAGAAUUUGGUACACUCUCUCUUCCUUCUUAUGGUAGAUGCAACACUGAGUACAAUUCGGUGCCUUGAAGAAAUUAUCUCUGAAUUUGUUCAAAAAGAUGAGAUAAGACCUGCUGUGAUCCAGUUGCUCUGGGAGCGGUUUACAGAGAAAUCACACUGCUCAGUGUUGGAGCGCCAUGCUGCUAUCAUGCUUUUGGGUAUGAUGGCAAGGGGGAAGCCUGAGAUUGUGGGGAGCAACCUUGAUAUUUUGGUUACAGUGGGACUGGAUGAAAGAGUGCAUGCAGAUUAUCGCCUUGCCCUGGAAGUGUGUAAUGCCAUCUCUAAAAUUGGCAAUAAUCAGAAGCCUGGCAUUGGGAAAAGCAGCACCCCGUUCCGGCUUCCGCAAUCACACCUGCUCUUCAAACGCCUGCAUGAGGCCAUUACUGUGGGCUUUGCAAAACCAAGCGCACACUGGAUCCCUUUCACUCAGGUGGCAGUUGCUCUCAUCUAUCAGUUGGCAGAAGGGCCUGAAGAAAUAUGUGCCCAAAUUUUGCAGUCUUGCAGCCAGCAGGCCUUUGAGAAGCUGCAGGAGUCUGAAGGGACUGAGGCAGGGCCUGACCCUUCCCCAUGUGAAGUUGCUGGUGACUCGAGCACAAUUGAUACCACAGUUUUGACACAUUUGGUCUCCCUUGCGGGGGAUGUGGCCUUGCAGCAGCUUGUACAUUUGGAAUUGUCAGUAAGCAAUGAGCUACGAAGGCGCCGACUCCUUGGAGAAGAGCAAGAAGCAAAGGAACAUGCAGCAACCACUACAAAAGUACAGAAAGACAAGAGUACUGGGAAUGACACCACCAUAGAGGAGGACCUUGGCUUGGUUGGGGCAUCUGCCGAGGACACAGAAGCAGAGCUCAUCCGCAGCAUAUGUGAGACAGAGCUGUUGGACGGAAAACAACUGCUUUCAGUCUUUAUUCCACUGGUGCUGAAGAUUUGUAACCACCCAGGGGCCUACGGUGAUCCAGCACUAACAGCAUCAGCUGCACUGGCCCUUGGAAAAUUCUGCAUGAUCAGUACAGAAUUUUGCGAUGCUCACUUACGGCUCUUCUUCACAAUGAUGGAAAAAUCCACACUCUCCAGUGUGCGUGCCAACCUAAUGAUUGCAGCUGGAGACCUGGCCAUCCGCUUCCCUAAUCAGGUGGAACCAUGGACACCCCACCUCUAUGCCAGGCUACGUGACCCUUGUCAGCAUGUGAGGAAGACAGCUGCUUUAGUAAUGACUCACUUGAUCCUGAAAGACAUGGUAAAAGUUAAGGGACAAGUGAGUGAAAUGGCAACUCUUUUCAUUGAUCCUGAAGAGGACAUUGUUAGGCUGGCUCUGAACUUCUUCACUGAACUCUCCAGCAAGGAUAAUGCCGUGUAUAACUUGCUGCCAGAUAUUAUCAGCCGUCUCUCGGAUCCAGAUUCAGGCAUAGAGGAGCAGCCAUUUCGUACCAUUAUGAGGCAACUUUUUUCUUAUAUUACAAAGGACAAGCAGACAGAGAGCUUGGUGGAAAAGCUUUGUCAGAGAUUCCGGACUGCACGAACAGAGCGUCAGCACCAUGACCUGGCUUACUGUCUUACAUUGCUGCCUCUCACAGAACGAGGUCUCCGUAAAAUGCAAGACAACUUUGAUUGCUUUGCUGACAAACUCCAGGACUCAGAAGUCUACAACUGCUUCCUGGCUGUGUUGGGCCGACUCCGCAGGGUGGGGACAAAGCCUGAGAUGAAGGUAAUUACUGACGAAUUUGAGCAGAAGCUCCAGAUGUGUCACAACAAGGGUCUGGACUCUUUCACUGAAACUCCUGUAAGCCAAGAAGGCAAGAAUACACCUGUGCUGAAGCCAGUAAAGAAAACAGCAGCAAGCUCACGUCGGCGACCUCUGCGAGCUGCCAACCGAGAUACAGACUCUGACUUCAUAACUCCUAAGCCCCAUGUUACCAGAUCCCACAGAAAGACUGUAAAACAAAUAAUUUCUGUUGUCUUUUCAAGUGAUGAGGAGAACAGUUUGGAGGAAGAACUCUCUGCUGAACUGACAGAAGAAGAGACACCUAGCAAAACCACACCCAUCCGCCGUAAAUCCUCCUGUGUUCGGUGAUGUUGCCUUUCCCCGUCUGCAGCCAGUUGGGCACAUGUUUAUUCCCCUGUGCCACCAAGCAAGGCAGGAAUAAUACCAGUGACCAGCAGCUUCUCCCUCUGUUCUUUUUCCUCACCGGUAACUCUUUGCUUUUCGGCUUGCUCCUUUCAUGUAUUUUGUAUAGUCUUGCCUCCUCCUUUUGUAAACUGUUGAUUUGUGAGAAAUAAAGUACUUUGGGUUUAAGAUG